GCAUGAUAAGGUGUCAUACAAACCACCAGUAAUAGUUAAGGGCACCAAGUGAUGAAAAUAUCAGAAGGUUAGCCUUAGAUGUCAAAAGCUUGCUUUGUCUGAUGGCAUAAAAGCUCAAGGGGAAGAAAGGGUCUCCUUGCCCUCAAGAGAGCGGCAUGAGGAGGACUACCUACACUGAGAAGCUAGCUGCCAUUGCCUUAGGGCUACUUGCUGUACUUUCACCAUUGUACAUCGAUCGAAAGCCCCCCGUCGAGCCUGAAUAUGACGACGGCUAUGGGAGUUUGGCCAUGUGGCUGCCUUUUGUGCUCAUAGUGUUGAUUGUGGUCAUCAACUUCACAUGUUUCUUGGACCGGAGGUUCACGAGGUUCGACCCCUACUGGAUACAUAGAGUGGGAGGCUCUUCAUGUGGGAUCAUAGCUAUUCUGUUGGUGCUUGGAUUUGUCUUGAAAUGCAAGGCCUCUCUCAAGAGCUGAUCUCAGGUUACUUGCAUGGAUGUCCUUCGAUCAAAGCCAAAUUGUGAGAAUAUAAGGCUGGUCAGUUUUCCUUACUGAAAUUGUUCCAUGUCGAGAUGUAAUUUAACCUCCUAGUUGUGGCAUUACAAGUGUAUUUUGAGACUUGGGAUCUGAGUUGAUGUUGUUAACUCUUUCAGUCUAUGUUCCACAUGUUAUCUAUGGGUGAGAAAGUGGGUUGGUGGGAUCAAUGAAAUUUAACCAAUAGUAGUGGCAAAUACAACUCUCAGCUUAAGUAGAACCACUAUACACUGUUAUUAAUGAAGUUUCCCUAUUGUGCCUUC